CGUCAUGUCACGUGUGGCUCGAGGACACGCGUCUUUAAGAGUCGCUUGCUACUCAGCAGCACUCAGAACACGCCUCAGCCGGCUCUGCAAUAACUUCCCAUGGACACCCGAGUGCCUUCGAUCAUGUCUCAAAAUGAAGAUCUGGAGUGUGUGGUGUGUUUCUACAACUACUCGCGCAGCGAGCGGAUCCCACGCAUGCUGCACUGCAGUCACACCUUCUGCGCUCCAUGUCUGGAGAAACUGGCCAACGUGAACGGCGUGAUCCGGACCAUCUGCUGCCCACUGUGCCGCUGGGUCACCUGCACUCAGGCCAGUCUGACCCUGCCCGGGGCCUUGUGGGUCAAUACCGAGAUCUGGGAUGAGAUAGCAGGAAAGGAGCAGAAGAAGAUCAGGACAAGGACGAGGGAAAAUUCCGUGGAGGUCUCGAAGAAGCUCCUCAGGCCAAUGCUCUUGGAUUCCAAGCACAUUGCUCUCAAGUCUACACUCCAAAAAGUGUUCAACUGUAUUGCAGUGCAUGAGCAACAUUUGCAGGCCACUGAUGUUUCCAAUGUCUUUUGACUUCCAUUUGGACCAAGCCCAUGUUUUUAUUUUUUUAUUCAACUUGUAUAUAGUCUUUUAAGAAAUGAAAUUACUGUAAACCAACAAGCAAACAUACUGUUUACUUAUUAUUUAUACAUGUUUAUUGUUGUAUGCCAUUGUCUACCUACACUUAAGUCCAUCAGAAGGAAACUUAACAGUCAUGUGAAUUUGUACUUUUCUGAAUGGUGCUCAAAUAAAAAAUACUGUGAAUA